AAUACUUUGUGUCUAAAAACUAUUUAUAAUAAAAAUAAACUUUAUAAUUUUGUAUAUAUAUUUAUUCAACAAAAUCUCAAAUCUCAGGAUAAAAACAACAAAUGCCCCUUUUACUAAAUUGAUGCAAUGAAAUUUUCUUUCUGCAAUUUUUAUAAGUUUGUUUACUACAUGAUAUUAUUAACAUGUGUUGAUGGACAAAUAAAAAAAAAGAAUUUACAGCAAAGUUCAAGAGAAAACGUACAAGUUGCAGAAAAUAUUAUGGUUGAUAAAAAACAACUUGAUAUUGCCACUAUAAUCGAUGAGCCAUUUGAACCAGCAAAAACCAUUGAGGAAAUCAACAUUGCACAUGGAAGAUUCAGUGAUAUUAAGUUUCCACCUGAUAACAGGCGAAGUUUUUCAAAGUUUGUAACUUUAUGGAAAGACAGUAAUGGAAAACCACGAGUUCCAUAUGUUAUAAACAUAGGACCUGAUAAUACUACAACAAAUUAUACUACUAUAAUUAAGCAAUCUGUUCGUGCAAUGAAUGAAUAUAUGUCUCCCUGUGGUCAUGAUGUAUGGGUUGAAAAAGAAGAUAGUGAUAAAAGCGGAUAUAUUGAGUUUAUAACCACAUUGAAUGAUGGUUGCUGGAGUGCAUAUGUUGGGAAACAGGGAAGAAUGAAACAGCAAAUCGCCAUAGGGUAUGGGUGUAAUACUAAAGGGACAAUUCUGCAUGAAAUGCUUCAUGCAAUGGGUUUUUUGCAUGAACAACAACGUUGUGAUCGCGACAGUUACAUUGAGAUUAUAAAGUCAAAUAUCAAUAAUUUUGUUGGAGGUGCAAUAAAUGCAAUGGCACAGUUUGAAUGUUACUAUUCUAUCCAACAAACACAUUAUUCUACCCCCUAUGAUAUUUUCUCUAUAAUGCACUAUGAUCUAUGGGCUUUAUCAAAAAAACCAAAGCGCACUGCUAAUACAAAAACCAUGAGAUUAAAACCAGAGUUUAUGAAUUUAACAAUAGAUAUUGAAGAACUAAUUGGUAAAACAGGUAGACUGAGUGAUACAGACAAGCAAGAGGUUAAUACAUUGUAUGGAUGUAUCGCACCCACAUGCAUUGUUUCUUGUAAUGGUACAAAUACCUGUGCUGAACUUCCACCGACUCCGAAUGAUAAAAUGAGGGCUCAAGCAAGAAUCAUCAAAUCUCUAACUUAUGUAGUUGGUGGAAAAAUGGUGGCAAGCAUAAAAAAACUAGAUAAAGAGUUUCGUGUUUUUUUAAAACUUCAUCCAAACAAUUACUCUAAAAAGUUGCACAAUGCAAUUCAUUUAGUUGUUGAUUCUAGUCAAAAAAGUCGUGGCAGAGAGGUUUUAGGUGUAUGGUUUUCAGAUGCUGGCGAUGGCAGAUUAAAUAUUACUGUACCAACAACAACAAAAUAUUUUACUUCUGAUCCUCAACCAACAAAUGCAUAUUGUACAAUAGAUAUUCUUCAACAAAAAGAAAAAAACAAAUACAUAUAUACUAUUAAAAUCAAUGCAGAAACUGUUUACUCUGAACAGAAUCCAAACCCAGAAUGGUUCAAUAAUGUUCAGGUAUAUGCUUCAAACCCUUGGGACUUGGUACAAGACACAUAUAUAGGGGACAUGUUUAUAAUCAAUGGAAAGAAAGAUCAACCAAGCAUGAUUGAUCUUGUCAUUAAUCCAACUGAUAAAGUUGUUCAACUUUCAGUGAAAGAGCUUUGUGAAAAUGAAGUUAUCGGAACAAUGAGCACUUUUGAAAAAGUAUAUUCUGUAUAUUUUAAACUGAAACCUUUGUCCUACUCUAAAGGAUGGGAAAAUAUUCUCCACAUAACCAAGGGUCAGAAUUACGGUGAAUGCGGCGACAGAAAUCCAGCAGUUUUUUUUCAUAAAGACGGUUCUGGAAGACUUGUAUUUUUUUCAGCUAUUAAUGGCAACAUCAAUUCAGAGUUUGAAACAACAAAUCCACUUCCACUCAAUGUAUGGUCAAGUAUUAAAAUAGAACAAACUUUGAAGAAUGGUGCUUAUGUUUAUGCUAUUUUUGUUAAUGGUUCCAUUCAAUAUGAAGUUGAAAACAAAGAUCCGAGGCAAUUUAAAGAUAUGAAAGUAUAUAUUUCAGAUCCAUGGUAUACCGCACAUGAUGGUGAUAUAAAAGAAUUAUUUGUUGUGAAUGGAGAUUCAAAAAAUACCUCAGAUGCAACUCAACCUCAAGACGAAUUUGAAAAUGCCAGUGAACAAAAGUUACAAGAAAAUAAUUUGGUUGCAACAAUGAGCUUCUUAAGUACAACAUUCACAGUUUCAUUUCAGAUAAAACCGAUUUCUUAUUCGAUAGGAAAGCAUAGUGUUUUCCAUUUUAUGCAGGAUAGGUUUUUAACUCAAAUAGCCAAUAAAAAAAUUUCAGCUUGGUUUCAUGAGGAUGGAUCUGGAAGACUAGUUAUUGUAGCAGGCUUUUUUAAUAACGACAAAAAACUAUCGGAGUUCACAACAAAAGAUUCUCUCCCUUUAAAUAAAUGGUCGUCUAUUAAAUUAACACGAACCAAAGCUUUAUCUAAGCAUAGGACUAAUUUUAACAUCUAUCUUAAUGAUAAACGUGUUUUCAAUGUUGAAAAAGAGGCAGAAACUUUUGAAUUUGUUAGAGUUUAUUUUGGUGAUCCAUGGAACAAUGUUCAAAAUGGCUACAUUAAAGAUUUGAAAAUAUACAAUAACUAAUUCAAAAGUUGCUACAAGUUAAUAUGUUUUCAAAAGUUGCUACAUGCUAAUAUGUUUUCAAAAGUUGCUACAAGCUAAUGAAACAACAACUUUGCUGUCAUUCGCAAAAUAAUUUUCUAAUAAAUCUUGUAAAUUAUACUAUUAAAACAUGUUAUCAUCUGUUUAUGUAAUUUUUCAUAUUCUUUUGUAUAUAAAUUAUUACAUUAUAUAAAUAAUUAUUUUAUAUAUAAAAAUUUCUCUGU